UUCUGUCCUUAUAUCAGUCCUCGGCUCACCAGGAAAGUUGUAGAAGGUAGCUCCAGCUAUAAAGCAUGAGAGUGAUGAGAGAAAAGGUUGAGAAAAGAGCAUAAAAAAAUGGGAAAGUUGAAGUCAAGUGUCAUUUCAUCAGAUUUGGUUCACCGUGGUAUUCUACUUUUCCUACUUCUUUUAUCACUCUAUUCCAUUGAACCAGCGUCUUGUGCCUCCAGAGUGAAGUUCCUUCCAGGAUUCGAGGGACCCCUUCCUUUUGUUCUUGAAACUGGGUAUGUGGGAGUGGGAGUGGGAGUGGGAGUGGGAGAAUCAGAGGAUGUGCAGACAUUUUACUACUUCAUUGAGUCAGAUAACAACCCCAAGGAAGAUCCUCUCCUGCUUUGGCUAUCCGGUGGCCCUGGUUGCUCAGGCCUAAGUGCCCUUUUUCUUGAAAUAGGUCCACUUGCAUUAAAACAGGAGGAGUACAAUGGAGGUCCACCCAACUUGAUCUUCAGGAAUCAAUCAUGGAACAAGGUUAGUAACAUUAUAUAUGUAGACUUGCCUGUUUUCACAGGCUUUACUUAUGCCACAACAGAACUUGCUGCU